CAGCGACUUACCACCACCACCAACUUCUUUCUCAGUUCAAGGUUGUGUCCUUUUUUUUCUCCCCCUUUAAGAAGCACACGGCGUCGUCAAAGGCACAAUGGCGAUCAAGCACAACCAACAACUGCCGAACAACCACUUCCACAAGGACUGGCAACGCCGGGUCCGCGUGCACUUCGACCAGCCGGGCCGCAAGUCCUCGAGACGGGCUGCUCGUCUGUCCAAGGCCGCCGCUGUCGCCCCCCGACCCGUCGACAAGCUGAAGCCCGUCGUCCGAUGCCCUACGAUCAAGUACAACCGCCGCGCCAGGGCCGGUAGAGGUUUCACCCUGGUCGAAUUGAAGGAAGCCGGUAUCCCCCGCAAACUCGCCCCUACCAUCGGUAUCUCCGUCGACGCCCGCCGCCAGACCACCAACCAAGAGACCCUCUCGACCAACGUCGCCCGCCUCAAGGCCUACAAGGCCCGCCUGAUCCUCUUCCCCCGCAAGUCCGGCCAGCACAAGAAGCUCGACAGCUCCGCCGAGGACGUCAAGAUGGCCGAGGACGACAGCAAGAUCGCCAAGAAGGUCGCCGCCUCGAUCCCCAUCGACACCGGUGUCGGCAUCGCCCACGCCUUCAAGGAGGUCAAGAAGGGCGACAUGCCCAAGGGAGAGGAGGCCGCCUUCCGCAAACUCAGACUCGCCCGCGCCGACGCCAGGAACCAGGGCGCCCGGGAGAAGAGGGCCAAGGCCAAGGCCGAGGCGGAGGAUGCCAAGAAGAAAUAGAGAGAGGACCUACGUUGUUCAAUGCGAUCCGAACACAAAUGACAAACACAAACCCAAAACCACGAAGGGCGGGGGCGUCGGUCGUUUCCAUGUCUGCCUGGGUGGGUGUGUGUGUGUGUGGUGCAUGGGAUGGUGGGCUCGCUCCGAGCGUGGACGUGGAAGCAUUGUCUAGCCAUGUGGUUGUCUUUUUGCUUCCAUUGAUCGCGUCGGAGCAAGGAAAGAAAGGAGAUGCUUUUUAUGUUUUUUCAAAAUUGGCGUCGACAAGCAACGUUCAAGAAGAAGAAAAAAGAUCAUCAUACGAAAAGGAAUUAGCAAAGAAUGAGUGAGGGGGCGUGUGUAUUGCAUUCUCCUUCUUUGUGUCGUGUUAUCCAAAUUCGAGAGCGACAUAGCAUGGAACCCAGAAGGAAAUACCAAUGAGAAAAAAAACCAAACGAAA